AGAAAGAGAAGAAAUGAGCGCGGAUUGGGGACCGGUGAUCGUUUCGGUAGUUUUGUUCAUACUCUUAUCACCAGGGUUGUUGUUUCAACUGCCAUCGAGGACAAGGGUGAUAGAGUUUGGUAAUAUGUGCACAAGCGGGAUAGCUAUCCUGGUUCAUGCAGUAAUAUACUUUUGCAUAAUCACUAUCUUGAUCGUUGCUAUUGGUGUUCACAUACAUAUUAACUGAUUCAACCAAAAAGGGUACUUUGAUUUUUUCCCCUUUCAUUUUGGCUCUCAUUUGUUUUUUACUUGGAUGAAGUUCAUGUUCUAGUUUCUUUCAUCUUG